AUGGCCAGGUGUUCUCCAUUCCUCCUACCUCUCUUCCUCGCGGCGCUGGUAGCCGCGGACACAGCGGCGGGAUACGGUACCUCGGAGCAGCGGAGGAGUGACGCGCGAGAGUGUCGCAUGCAGCACAUCUCUACCACUCGCCCGUGCUGCAGUUUCAAAUCCGAGGGUGGUGUGGUGGAGCUGUGGGACGAGAACGAAGACCAGUUCCAGUGCGCCGGCGUAUCCGCCAUGCGCGCCACCAUCCAGUCCGAGUCGAUGACUCUGCCCAAUUACUCUCCCUCGCCUCGCCUGGUCUACAUCCAGAAAGGUAACCUCGGAUUAUCCACUGUACUAGGCUCGUGGUAUUUCUGACCCGGGUCAUUUAACUAAACCCGAUGCAAAUGGUUGUAACGGCAGGCCAAGGUCUUAUGGGAAUUUCCUACCCGGGUUGCCCCGAGACCUUCCACUCCGCGGGGGGAGCCUACUCCAGGCGAGAGGAAGAGUCAGAGGAGAGCCAGAAGGACCAGCAUCAGAAGAUCCACAGGAUUCAGCAGGGUGAUGUCGUGGCCAUCCCCCCCGGUGCCGUUCACUGGUGCUAUAAUGACGGCAACGAGGAGCUCGUCGUCUUCUCCGUCACCGACCUCCGAAAUCAGGCGAACCAGCUCGACCAGACUGAAAGGGUAAGGUCGAGUUCUCAGCCAAGAGAGUGAUAAAUGUGACCGAUAAACUGACACCAGGGACGUCUUCUUUCAUGGCUGCAGUCGUUCUUCCUCGCCGGCGGGCGACCGAGAGGAUCGGGGUCCGAGGAGUGUGAGAAAGGACGAGAAAUAUCUCGCAUGGCCAACAUAAUCCAAGCCUUCGACGCCAACAUGAUAGCCGACGCCUUCGGCAUCCCAGUGGAUCUAGCAAAGAAAAUGCAGAGGGAGGACGAGAGGGGGAUCAUCGUGAAGGUCCCCAAGGGAGGGUUGAGGAUGAUCAGGCCCACCGCUAUGGAGGAGAAGCGCGAGAGGUGGAGCCGCGACGGACCCAACCCUAACGGGAUGGAGGAGAUAUACUGCAACAUGAGGAUCCACCAAUACCUCGACAACCCGAGGGAGGCCGACGUCUACUCGAGGCAGGCGGGCCGCCUUUACUCUGUCAACAUGCACAAGCUCCCCAUUCUCCGUUACAUCGGCAUGAGCGCCGAGAGAGGCAACCUGAAAUCGGUAAUCUCAUCUUACGGUUUUCAGGGUCCUUCUCCGUUGUGCCCCUGCUCCUUCCUUCUUCUUCUUCUUCUUCUUCCUUCUCCGCCGCCUCCUCUUCACCGUGAGUAGUUGAUCGAUCCUAUUUCUCGCAGAACGUCCUCUUCGGACCUCACUGGACGAUCAACGCCCACACCGUCGUCUACAUCACCCGUGGGGAGGGAAGAACACAGAUCGUCUCCAACGAGGGGAGGACCCUCUUCGACGAGAACGUGAAGACCGGCGACGUCUUCGUCAUCCCUCAGUACUUCGCCUCCGUGCACAGGGUCGGCGAUGGCGGCAUCGAGUGGGUGGCCUUCAAGACCUCCCCCGUCCCAAUGAGGAGCCCCAUCGUCGGCCAUACCUCCGUCCUCAAGGGGAUGCCGAUCGGGGUGCUCAGCAACGCCUUCAGGAUCCCGGAGGGCCAGGCACAGGACCUCAAGUGCAAAAGGGAAGACCAGAUGAUGAUUUUCUCUCCUCGCAGAAGCCCCCGCGUCUUCUAA